AGGAGGAAAACGGUAAGAAUGGCAAAAAAAGAACAUUACACUACAACAAUUAUCAAUGGAUUCUACAAUCAAUUGCCAGCUUUCUCGGAUGUUUUUGAUGAAGAAUCGUGGUAUUUAUUUGUAAUAUGUUUUGUGACAUUCACAUUAAUAGUUGUUUUUAUUUUAUCAAAAUUUAUAAAAUUACAACCUGUAGAUUGGUGA